CGGAGCGGCCCAAAAGCCCAACGCUUCCCGGAAGCUUCGGGAGUGUGCCCCUCUUUCCUUCUCAGCCCGUUGGUUAUGGGGGCCUCUAUGGUUCUGGGGUAGUGAGUGCUGGGAAUAUGGAAGCGCAAUAGGGGGACGGGCCUAGCGGUGCGGCGCCGAAGAGAACGGAAAGGCUUUAAUCUCUAUCUAUGAUGCACAUUUGAUCCCACACUAUUUAAGAUGACUACUGCAGCUAGACCAACAUUUGAACCGGCAAGGGGAGGGAGAGGAAAAGGAGAAGGUGACUUAAGCCAGCUCUCCAAACAAUAUUCCAGUAGAGAUCUUCCUUCACAUACUAAAAUCAAAUACAGACAGACCACUCAGGAUGCCCCCGAGGAGGUGCGCACCCGUGACUUCAGGAGGGAACUGGAAGAGAGGGAGAGAGUGGUUGCAAGAGAGAAGAACAGAGAUAGACCAGCACGAGAGCACACCACAUCUUCGUCGGUGUCCAAGAAACCCCGUCUAGAUCAGAUCCCUGCAGCUAACCUGGAUGCUGACGAUCCACUGACCGAUGAGGAGGAUGACGAUGAAGACUAUGAAGAGGAGAGUGAUGAUGAUACCGCUGCUCUUUUAGCUGAAUUAGAAAAGAUAAAAAAGGAACGGGCUGAGGAGCAAGCUCGCAAGGAACAAGAGCAGAAAGCUGAAGAAGAGAGGAUACGGAUGGAAAAUAUCCUGAGCGGUAAUCCUUUGCUGAAUCUUACUGGUCCUGUGCAGACUCAAGCAAGCUUCAAAGUGAAGAGGAGAUGGGAUGAUGACGUAGUCUUCAAGAACUGUGCGAAGGGGGUUGACGAGAUGAAAAAAGACAAAAGAUUUGUCAACGACACGCUGCGGUCCGAAUUUCACAAAAAGUUCAUGGAAAAAUACAUCAAGUAGUACUGAUUCCUUUUUCUUUUUAAAUCUCACUCAUAAACUAAAUACAGCAUUGGUCUUUCAUCCAGGAAAAAAAAAUCCCAGAAUCUGUCAAGAAAUAACAAUUCUUUCCCCAGAAGUCAUUCAUAUGUUUUUAAUGUGAUCCUGCAUCUGGUGUAUGGUUUUGUUGUUUUAACAGGCCAACUUAAUUUUCCAGAAGUAUCCUCAACAAGAAUUUAUUUUACAUGCAAUUUCUGUAAAUGUUAUGAAAAUGAUUUACAAUAAAUCCUUCACACUUAA